GAUACAUCACCGACAGUUUCAGUGGCAAAUCCUCUUGAUCAUUCUCAUGACCCCACGAUGCCUACUGCCACUCAAUCACGGACGUCCAAUGACACACCCAUAGGAAAGCCGCGCGCACAUUUCAUGCUCGACAUGCCGCAUCAUGAGUACAUAUUUCCCACAGGAGGAACCAUCAAUGCGACCAUGGUAGAAAUCCUUGUUCUACUUCCUCAUUGGUUUCGCAAUCCCCAAGUCUUGAUGCGCCUUUUGAACAACGGCCUGACGUCCAACAUUCACAUGAUGAUCCUGGAAGAGCACCGUCAACUUGAGCUUAGCACAGGCGAUGAAAUAGAGCGCGCUCGUGAUUACAUUGCCGACUCAUAUCGCAAGGCUAUGCGGAAAAUCAUGCCUGCAUGGUUAAGACGCAAUCACAAGGCGCCGGAAGACUGGGACGCGACUGUUAUGUCUAUUGAGAACGUCAUUCCUAAGGCAGCAACAAAGGGUAGAUAUGUAGCACCAGCAUCUAUUCCAUUCAAGGAUCUCGCAGUCGGACUGAAGAAGCUGCCUCAAGAUUACGAUGCUGGAGAUCUCACGCGUGCGCUUGACUACGCGAUGCAGAACGGCAAGCCUAGUGAAAACGGCAGCACUACUGAUUUCAUGUUCCCAGACGACAUUCACAUGAUUUUGAAUCACAUCGGGAGGACUCAGAUCACGCUCACCCACCUUGACUCCCACGCCGUCCCCCGAUAUGCAACUAUUGUUCGUGCCACAGAACAAGCGCGGCGCAAGAAAAUUGCCAAUGGUAGGAUGCAGAGGCAAUUAAAGGUGGAGUCUAUCCAACAACCCAACGGUUUGAAUCAGUCACCUCAGCAAUCCGCAUUGAGUCAACAUGCACAGUUUCCACUACCGUCUGAGACCAUGGCAGCCCAAUUCCAAAUCCAGCAGCAGACACAUUCCACUACUAUGACCUUCUCAGGCCUACAAACCAAUCUCCCAUAUAGAGGCAUGGGCAUC